GGUGGCCACAUUUGAAGCUGAAUCCAAUUCUGAUCCGGCAACAAUGCAGACAAUUCUCAGCUUAUGCCUUUUCUUAAUACUCUUAGCCAGAGGGACUGCACUACAGUGUGAAAUUUGCACGGACCUAGGCCACAACUGUACUGGGAAAAUAGAGACCUGCCCACCUGAUCAUGACUUUUGCGGCACCACAUUGUUUGAAAGUAAACAUGAAGACAUAUUGGUUCAUGGCAUUAUUAAGAACUGCAUUCCAUCCAGCGUGUGUGCAGCUGGUUCUGCUGAUAUAAACUUGGGUGACAAAGGAAGAUCGAGGACUCAUGUUUUCUGCUGUCAGGGUGAUGCUUGCAAUGCAGCCACUGCAGCCAAAUUUAUGUCUUCAGAAGCCAAGAUCAAUGGUCUGCAGUGCCCCGCUUGCUACGCUUCGCUCGAUGAGACAUGCAGUGAUGCAGACAUGGUCAACUGCGUUGGAUCUGAGCUUCAGUGUAUCAAUUUGGCUGGAUAUGUCAAUGAUGGUGAAUCGUCUCAGAGGAUCGCCAUGAAGGGUUGUGCCACCCCGUCAGUUUGCAGUGCUAGUGUCGGAGGCGCGGCGACAUUUGCAGGCAUCAGUUCAGCGAUAACAAAGCUUGAGUGCACACCAGCCUCCAGCACAGCCAGCCCGUCGCCUGGACUGUCUGGACUCCUUCUUUCAGCAAUUGUUGGAUUUCUGCUGGUGAAGCUCUGAUCCUCGUUGACUGACUGUCUUUGCUAAUGCAUCGU